UUAAAAAUUACAAAACCAGGUUGGAUUUUCUGUAUUGGUGCCCCCGUUGGCUGAAGAGCAUUACUGCCGCGUCCUUGGGAACUGGAUAUUUGCACCUCCACCUUCCAGGCAGCACUUCCUGUCUGCUAUUAUGGAAAGCCGCCAUCUUGAUGUUAACAAAUAGUGGCCUUCGUGGAGAAUCUAACACAACCUUUAAGUGAGGAUCACAGAUCGUUAUAUUUUAUAUAAGGAUUGUCUUAUUUUCUCAUCUCUGGUAAAAUUAUGGCCAAAGUGAGUUUUUAAUUUUUUUCUGUCAAGUCGUUGUGAUGGCCAUCUUGGAGUAAAACCACAAACAAAACUCGAACAAUGAACUGUCCGACUCUAUCACCUGCACCACACUUGCCCCCCCAAAUGCUCUUCCUCGCUGGGCUGCUGCUCCUCGGCCGCUGGGGGCCGGCAGAAGUCAGCUGUCAAAAUGACACCGAGCCAAUUGUUCUGGAGGGGAAGUGUCUGGUCGUGUGCGACUCCACGCCGACGGCGGAGCCGUCUGGUAACGCUCUGGGCAUGUCAGUGAGGUCGGGGACGGGCCGGGUGGCGUUUUCAGCCAUCCGCAACACCAACCACGAACCCUCUGAGAUGAGCAACCGCACCAUGACCAUCUACUUUGACCAGAUCUUAGUGAAUGUUGGCAGCCAUUUCGAUCCAGCAACAAGCAUCUUUGUGGCACCCAGAAAAGGAGUCUACAGCUUCAGCUUUCAUGUCGUCAAGGUUUAUAAUCGACAGACAAUACAAGUGAGUUUGGUUCUCAAUGGCUGGCCUGUGAUCUCGGCUUUUGCAGGUGACCAGGAUGUGACCAGGGAAGCAGCCACCAAUGCCGGGCUGAUAAUCAUGGAGCGAGGGGACAAGGCCUACCUUAAACUGGAGAGGGGGAACCUAAUGGGUGGGUGGAAAUUUUCCACCUUCUCUGGGUUUCUAGUGUUCCCCUUAUAGGUGUGGUUAAAGUACAAUUAAGAUGGAGUGUCUUAUACAAGCACUGUAAAAUAAAUAUUGUUUUGUUAAUUUAAGACCUUUAAGGAGAAAGUUAAAAAUGGAUACAUCCUUACGUUGAGAUCAAUAUCGAACUGGUGUCAAAUUCACUGAGCACAAAAUGCUGAAAAUACUGAAUACUAAAGAUAUGUUUUCCUUGAAUAUUAUGGCCUAUUAUUUAAUUUCUGUUCCGUAAACCUGAGGAGUUACAAAUCAUUUUAAUGUUACAUGUGCAAUUUGGAAAUGGAUGGCUGCAGGACAAAGGAUGUUCAAACUGACAAGCUCUUCUUGUCUAAGUACGUGGUGUCAAACUCAUGUCCUCAUGCACAUCUAUACAGUAGAAGAAGGUAAACAUUCAUAGUGGAAGUACGUACGGAGCCCCUAAAGGGACACAGAUUCUUUUUUUUAUAAUGAGUUUUACGCACGCGCGUGCAACCUUUACGCGCACACGUAAAACCUUUAAGUGAGCAGGUAAAGUUGUUUACUUGCAAUCAAAGUGGUAAUGUCCUUAUAAUGGAGUCCCAGGUUAAAAUAUAGCUCAGCUAAAUCCUGUAAUGUCAUUUCCAUUCAUAAACAGGGCAGGGCGCAACUGGAGCGUCUCCAGUUCCAGCAAUACUCCCAUGUACUUGUUUUUACGCGCUCACGUAGAACAACUUUUAGGCGCUCACUUAUAAGUUUUGCGAGAGCGCAUAAAACUUUUUAGUGAGUGCAUAAACGUUUUACGUGCUCACGUAAACAACUUUACGUGCUCACUUAAAGUAAAAGUAAAACUCAUUAUAUAUAAAAAAAAAAAUCUGUGUCCCUUCAGGGGCUCCGUAAAUACGGCGUGUUGCUGUAGAUGUUAAUGUUUAUACACACCAGGCAGGAAAGUUGUGGAAAAGUCUUUUUGUUCUGUUGAAGCAACUUAGCCACAAAAUAGUCUCAUUCAUCGUAUAUCAGAAAAACAGUACGAACAGAUGACCUGAACAAACGAUGUGCAGAUCAAAACAUAGCAGCCAACAUGGCGGCUUUUUCCCAAGAGUGCAAUUUGGUGAUAUGGCACAAUCGCAAACCCUAAAUCAGGAGUCACCAUGGCCAAGUUGCUGCAUUUUUUGCAUGAAUUGCAUUGUUGUAAAUGU